GUACAGUACUUACUGCAGUCCACAUCUGAGAGACCUUGCCACUGUGCCUGCAGCCUGGUCAGAGAGGAAGUUUUAUCUGCACACUCCUUCUGCCAGGAUGAACAGUUCUCACGUUAUGACGUCCUGUGUGCUCAUCCUUCUUGUGGCCCUACUGUGUGCAGAAAGAGCUCAGGGGCUGAAGUGCUACAAUUGUCUGGCAGUCCCAUAUGAAACUUCCUGCGCAUCAGCUACCUGCCCCUACUCUGAUGGAUUCUGUGUUACUCAGGUGGCAGAAGUCGUUGUGGGCUCUCACACAAGCAAAGUAAAGAACAGCAUGUGCCUUCCCAUCUGCCCUUCUGAUCAGGAAAAUGUCGAGAUCCUGGGAACUACCGUCAAGGUGAAGAAUUCCUGUUGCAAGACAGACCUCUGCAAUGCAGCCGUUCCCACUGGAGGCAGCACCUGGACCAUGGCAGGGGUGCUUCUGUUCAGCCUGGGCUCAAUCCUCCUGCAGACCUUGCUGUGAUGGUCCUUCCAACGACCCCACCCUUGUCCUUUUAUCCUCAUGUUUAAGCAGUGCUUACUGGAGGCCUCUAGUGAUGACUUAUAAGUUAUAGAAACUCUAAAGUGAGGGUAGUGUGUGGAACACCUUGUGUCAACUUUAUAGCCUCUGCUGGGCAGGUGCCCCAUUCCUUACUAGGUCUUUCAGAUCUGUACUACCUAGAAUGCCAUUUUGUUGUGGCUUGCUGCUCUUGACUCUGGAGACACAUGGCCAGCACCCUGAAGAGGCAGAAUUCCAAGGUAUUAUGCCAUCACCAUCCACACAUAAGCAUCUGGGGUCCUGCAGGGUUGCCACGUGUGUCACUAAUGUCCCCUGUUGAAUACAAUAAACCCUUUGUUCUCUCAGCCUA